AUGACUGCAGGAGUCGCUACGGCGGAGAAGGGCAUUGUGACUAUCGCACUCAUCCUUUUGUUCCUAGGCAGUGUAAUUGUUCUAUUAAAUGUUGAAGGGGAGAAAAAAUAUCCAUUAUCGAUAAGUUUUACCAAUAAGACAAAUGUCAUUAGUAAUAAUAUAUAUGGUAACUGGUAA